AUGCUGGGCGAGGAUGCCAUCCGGUCCCUGAAGCGCUCCAAAAGCGAUGUCGAGGACCUCGUCCCCGUGGGCGAGCGGACUCCGCCGCGCGGGAGCACUUUGACUCCGCGCGCAAGGAGCUGCCGCUCGCUAUCCUUCACGAAACUCGCUGACUCGAUGAAAAGAAAGGGCCGGAGCCUCAGCCGCUCCAACUCGUCUGCAAUCGACAAGGACUCCAUCUCGAGCCCCAUCGCAGACCCGCGCAGUCCUCUGUGUCCGCCCACGCCGACCGAGCCCUUUGCUGCAUCGCCAUCGCCGCUGGCCUCGGCCAGGUCUAGCCCGAGCCCCCGCAAGCGCGCCUCCGCUGCGCGCCCGGCGGCCAAGCACGCAUAUUCGGUCUCUGACCCGACCAACGACCACUCCCCGCCGGCCCGGCCGCGCAUUGCCGUCCACGUGCCGCCGCUGCCCUCUGCGUCCAGCUUCAGCAGCGCAGACACCGUGGUGGGGAGCCCGCUCGAGCGCAUCGCCGAGACGCCGUUUGACUGCGACCACGACGGCGAACCGCCCGACUUGGACCGCGUGAACAGACAGCUGGCAGUCAUGGAGACCAUACGCAACUCGCUCCUGCCGCCGGCAAUGGUGACGGGCACCAAGGCUCGCGCCAUCCAGCAGGCGAAGGAGAUGGAGGCGCUGGUCGCAGAACGGGCGAAGCGCAGCGGAGACGAGCCGCCGCAGUACGACUUCCACGAGCUGAUUGGCAAGGGAGCCUACGGGCGCGUCUUCAAAGGCAAGAGCCGCAAGACUGGCGGGCUGGUCGCUAUCAAGAUCAUCGACAUUGACACGGUCGACUACCAGGAGAUGACUACGAAGAACCUGUCCGAGACACUCAAGGAGAUCGAUAUCCUGCAGCAGCUCCGCGACAGCAGAGCACGGCCCUACGUCAACAUCAUCGAGGAGGCAAAGGCGGUCCACAACGAGCUGUGGAUCAUCAGCGAGUAUGCCAGCGGCGGCAGCGUGGCUACACUCAUGAAGCCCAUGGCCUCGCUCAAGGACCCUGGACCCGGCCUACCAGAGAAGUUCAUCAUCCCCAUUGCCCGCGAGCUAGCGCUGGGCCUGAAGUUCAUCCACGAAGCUGGCGUCCUGCACCGAGACAUGAAGUCCAACAACGUCCUCAUUCUAGAAGACGGCCGCGUGCAGCUGUGUGAUUUCGGCGUCUCUGGGACGCUUGAGCCGCAGAAGUCGAAACGCACAACCAUUGUUGGCACGCCGUUUUGGAUGGCGCCUGAGCUGCAGCGCGAAUGGAUCAAGGACGCAGAUCCACACAGCUUGGCGAAGCCUAGAGAGAUUCUGUAUGGCUCCGAGGUCGACAUUUGGGCGUACGGCUGCACCGUGUACGAAAUGGCUUGUGGGUUUCCCCCGCACCAUCGAAUCGCGCCUUUCGACCUGCCAAACGCUGAUGUACCCGUGCUCGAGGGCGACAGGUACUCGGAUGAGUUGAAACACUUUGUUUCUUUCUUGCUCCAGCCUGACCCCCAGGAUCGACCCACGCCAGACCAGAUCCUCGAACACGUCUACCUCAAGGAUUCCACCAAGAUGUAUCCCACGGUCAUGCUGGUGAAGCUGGUUGAAGACUACUACGUCUGGGAACAGCAAGGCGGUGCGCGGCAGUCGUUGUUCAACCCCUUUGGCGCUCAAGCGCCUGAUCCGCUUGCACCCGAGACCGAUGAAGAUGAGGAUGACGACUGGACGUUUAGCACGUCGGAUGAGUUUGAGCAAGAGCAUGCACCGCAGUUCUCGGAUCCCUUUGCCGGCGGCCCAGCGGGACAGGCGUUCGCAGGCAUGGGCCUACCUCCAGUGGCCGACAUGGGCCGCUUCGAACAGCUGCAGGCGCGGUUCAAGGAAGAGUCGAUCACUAGAGGACAGAGACGCCUGAACAAGCUCUUCGACACAGAGACAACGCCCUACAGAUACAGCAUGAUUGACGAAGACGAUCCUAUCAAAGGACGACCGCCGUCCGAUCUCGUGCUGCGCGACUUCAACCCCGGCGCGCCGAAUAGGGAGACGGUCAUCGAUUUGGACUUCUCCAUGCCUUCCACCGACGAAAUGCCGAGCAUCGAUCUCGGCGAAGUACCGACCAUCAAGGCGAACCGCAUGAAGAGUUUGCUACGAGAGAUGGAGGAGGAAGACGCCCUUGAGCUCGCGCGAGAGAGGGAGCUACUCGAACAGCAAGAGCGUGACGCAGAGGACCAGCUGACGAAACGUGCAACUCGGGACUGGAAGUUCCCGUCUGCGGCGGACAACCGCAAGACUCAGGAGUGGACGUUUCCGUCAAUGGACGCUCCAGCAGAUGAGCCUGAGAUGCCGGACAAUCGAAAGACGAUGGAGUGGUCUUUCCCUUCGGCAGAUCCACCGAACCGAAAGACGAUGGAAUGGUCGUUCCCGUCAGAGGCACCAAAGCCGAACCGGAAGACGGUCGAGUGGACGUUCGAUGCUGCCAUGGCAGAGGCGCAGUAUGAUGCACCGAGGAACAGGACGUCUCGCCGUCGUGACACCAAGGAGUACUCGUUCCCUGCAGCAGCCGCCCCUAUCGAUGAGAACAGGAGCACCAUGGACUUCUCGUUCCCUAUGCGUAGCCCAAGCCCACCGAGAGGACAGAGCGGGACUAUGCUGGACUAUUCAACGCGAACACUUGGCCCUGGGUUCCAAUCGGGUGGGCGGCGAAUUGACGACUUCCCGCGCGUGAGCCCAGACCCAAACUCACCUCUCCGCUCGUCAAUGAUAGACCUGGACAUGGCCGAGCCCGACUCGGACUACCGCCCUUCCACAUCUGGCUCAGAGUCGACAUACACCGGCUCGACCUACACGCCCAGCGAAAACCCCUUCAACCUCGAAAGCCAACUGACGCUGACGAGCAACAACAACCGCGCCUCGAUCCACUCCAAAUCACAAUCCGAGCCCAACCACGCCGUCCCAGGCCUCCUCACGCCCCAGCAGUACGACGCGCAAGGUCAACCCAUAAACGCCGAUCCGCACCACCCCAUGCACGCCCGCGGCGUCUCCUCCGUGAGCCAAAUGCACCCCAAAGCCCCCGCGACGUCGGUCCCGCCGCUCACGCACCGCGCGCAACGCUCCCAGCAGAUCUGGGACGGCUGGAGCCACACCCAUGCGUACGGGCUGGGCAGCGACGACCAAUCGCCGCCCAUGAGCGUCACCACCGACACGUCCCUCAGCGAGGAAGACGUCGACGAGCUGUGGGACACAUUUGAGCGGCUCACGCUCAUGGGGCAGCGAAGGUACCAAUCCUACGGCCCCCUCCGGUCCGCGCGCCGCCUAGGAAACACAUCCCUCGACGACAGCCCCAGCGCGCACUCGGCGCUCGCAAGCGACACAGACACAGACUACCCCUACACGACAGCCGAAUCAGACUCGUCCUCGUCCCCCCACGCCUUUCACGCGCACAGCCGCGUCAGCGCUGGCCCCAACGGCCGCCCCCUCGUCGACUUCCCCGCCCCGCGCGGCCCGGAUCUCGACGUCCUGCUCCAACCCGACACGGACCCGCGCGUCCUGCAGGACUUGCUGUUCCGCGCUGCCACGGAGCUGCGCGACGGCACCCGCGCGAGCCGCGAUCUCAUGCGCGCCAUGACGCUGAGCGAGGUCGAAGACGCGGUUGAUCAGAGUACCGUGCGGUUGCCGAGUCAGGGGCGGGAGUGA